GGGCAGGGCGGCCGGAGGGGUCGGGCGAGUCCGCCGCAGGCCGGCGCCCCUCGCCCAGGCCUGUGCCCGGCGUGACCUCGCCCGCGCGGACAGCUUGGACGCGCGUGGAGACAGAGAUGAGUGACGUCGGGGAGGGAGCCGGGUGACGGACCAAGUCCCAGGAUUCCUGUGUGUGGAUUGAAUCCACUAUUUGUGUUAGAAGUCUGACUUUACAGGGCAUAUCUGAAAAGCUCCCAGAACCGGGUCCCUGGAGCCUGCGUUUCGGGUUUUGCGGUGCAGGGCGGGACUCUCCAUGUGGAGGUCAGUCCCCUCGGUGACUGGUUCGUGCAGCGAUGCUCCAGGGCCUCCUGGACCCUCCGCCGGGUGUGGCCUGCUGUCUCAGCAGCUGGCGGAGACCGCAAUGCUGGCUUUCUCUGCCCGGGCCGGUACAGACUCACGCCACCAUGAGACUUUCAGUUCCCUUUCUUGGCGGAGGCCAGCACAGGGAAAUGAGGGCGUCCUGGUAGGUUCUGGUAGGGUGCCGGAAGCUUGAAGGCUGCUGGGGACUAACGGUCUCUGGGAGACUGAGGUUUCCAGGUAAGACAGGCGGUGAGCGAGCGCUUGUUGCCGCUCUGCGAGUCUGAGCAGGGCGGUGGCGCCGGUGCAGUCAGGCUGAGCAGGGAAGGGCCUUCCUCACAGAGGAACGGUCCCUGGGGGAUUGAGUGACUGGCCCCACCACAGAGACUGCGGUCAGCACAGCCUGUGUGGGCCUCGCUGGUUGGCCAGCCCCGGCUUCCCGUCCUGAUGAGGAGCUGGGUGCUUGUCUGUGGGCACCGGCUCUAGGGCUCCAGCUGUUUCUGUUUGCCCUUCCCCAGCCCCCCUGGGUCUCCUGUUGAGAGUGGUGCUGGAACGUUCCAGGGAUGUACAUGCAGGUGGAGACGCGCACCAGCUCCUGCCUCCAUCUGAAGAGGGCUCCGGGCAUCAGGUCCUGGUCCCUGCUGGUUGGCAUCUUGUCCAUUGGCCUGGCUGCUGCCUACUACAGUGGAGACAGUCUGGGCUGGAAGCUCUUCUAUGUCACAGGCUGCCUGUUCGUGGCUGUGCAGAACCUAGAGGACUGGGAGGAAGCUAUCUUCAACAAGAGCACUGGGAAGGUCGUGCUGAAGACGUUCAGCUUGUACAAGAAGUUGCUGACUCUUUCCAGAGCAGGCCAUGACCAAGUGGUGGUCCUGCUGAAUGACAUCCGGGACGUGAAUGUGGAGGAGGAAAAGGUCCGGUACUUCGGGAAGGGCUACGUGGUGGUGCUGCGGUUUGCAACAGGCUUCUCCCACCCUCUCACCCAGAGCGCUGUCAUGGGCCACCGCAGCCCUUCCUCCUGGUGCUGGCCCGGCCCAGUGACGUGGAAGCCAUUGCCAAGCUCAUCACCGCCUUCCUGGAGCUGCACCGUCUUGAGAGUCCCAUGGAGCUGUCUCAGAGCAGCGACAGUGAGGCCGAUGGCCCCAAGAGCCAGAGCUGACACCCAUGGAGCUCCCGGCCUUGAUUCUGACGGCACCUCAGCAGGCCUGAUGGGCUGCCGGCGAGUCUUCUCCUCAGUGCCUGCCUGUGUCCCUGGAAGCCCCAGGGUGGGACCCUCAGCCGUUCCUGCUGCUUGCUUCUGCCCUCUGAGCAAAACCACAGGCUGGACCUUCUCUGCAGGCUCCAAGGUGUCCAGGAAGCCAUGGGCCUUGGAUCUGCCUCUUGGAAUCAGAUGGCCCUGGCCUGGGCAGUGUGGCUUGUGAUGGUGAUGGGUGGUGUGGCCCAGUCUAGACAGACCCACCCCACAGCUCACCAGCCAUGUGGGGCUUGAGCCUCUGAAAUGACAAGGACGCCCCAGUCGUCCAGGGUGGGCAUUCCUUCACUGAGACUGAGCACUCAGUGGGGAGGGAGGUUUGCAAGCACCGGAUCCCACAGGAACUCAGCUCGCAGGUUACAGCAAGGCUAGAGCAGGUGCCUGUGGGGCCAGCGGCUGGGUUAGGCUCUGAUGUGGGCGUGUUGUCCCCAAGAAUCCCAGCAUCUCCUUCCCCACGCAGCAUCCCCUCCCUGACGGAUGUCCUCACUGGUCGGAAGUGAGGUACUUGCCCCCAGGCUGCCAGCACACAGGGCAGAUGCCAAGGGGUCCUCCUGGCUGUGUGCGCCGCGGCCACUCCUGAGGCCUCCCCAAUGCACAGACCACUCUACCUAGAUGGCUCGUCUUGGAUCCAUCUUGGAUUACAGCUGGGCCGUCAUGGGGAGCACGCUCUCCACUCUCUGCCCUCAGCCUGGGCAGAGGCUGCUUGGCAAGAGAAGAGCUUAUUUCUUCUUGCCUCAUGCAGUGCUUAAAAACCAGGAUCUCUGCUUUAGAAAUCUGACUCCUAGCUUCUCUGGAACCCGGGGAAGGCCUGGAGGCUGGGCCUGUUUGUGUGCUGCAGGAAUGGGCUGGCUCAUGGCUGCCCUUCAGCAGGGCCCUGACGGCUGCAGCCACCCCCAUGGAAGCUGGGCAUCAGCCAGCUAACCCGCACCUGCCCUGCUGGUUUGGUCCUGAGUGGAGAUGGCUUUCUUUGAAGGCAGGUCCCUCUAAGGUGUAGCCUGUGCUCAGAGAACCUCUGAGUGGGGACCCAGGAGGCUGUGCCCCUGGGAAUGGCCUGGUAUAACCAGAAUGUCACCCAGAUGCAGGCGUUUGAGGCCCCCUGGGUGAGAGUAAGGACAGCAUUUCUAGGGAACUUGAGAAAAAUGAGAUCCUCUCCUUUCUCAGCGGUGGCUACCAACCAGCCCUAGCCCUUAGUUUGGGGAUGUGGUCAUUUAAACAUGUCAAAGUUAGGCUUUUAAAUGGUUACAUCUGAAAUGCUUUUUUUCUAAAAUAAAAAGGCAAAACGCUA